AUGUCUUUCUCCGACUUCUCCAAGAUCGAGACCGUUGCCGAGCUCAACAAGUUCCUGGCCGACAAGUCCUACAUUGAAGGCACUUCCGCCACCCAAGCCGACGUUGCUGCCUACAAGGCCUUCCAAUCUGCUUACCCAAAUUUCAGCAGAUGGUUCAACCACAUUGCCUCGUUCACUGAGGACUUCGACUCCUUGCCAGCAGCCAAGGCUCCUGCUGCAGAGGAGGAGGACGACGACGUCGACCUCUUUGGUUCCGACGACGAGGAAGUCGAUGAGGAGGCCGAGAAGCUGAAGCAACAGAGACUCGCCGAGUACGCUGCCAAGAAGGCUGCCAAGGGCCCUAAGCCAGCCUCCAAGUCGAUUGUCACCAUCGACGUCAAGCCAUGGGACGACGAGACCGACCUCGACGCCCUGCUGGCCUCCGUCAAGAGCAUCGAGAAGGAAGGUCUGACCUGGGGUGGAUUCCAAUGGGUUCCUGUUGGAUUCGGUAUCAAAAAGCUCCAGAUCAACUGUGUUGUUGAGGACGAGAAGGUCUCCAUCGACGAGCUCCAGGCCCAGAUCGAGGAGUUCGACGACUAUGUCCAGUCUACUGACAUUGCUGCUAUGCAAAAACUCUAAGUAGUAUUAAUAGGUAGAAAAUCG